AUGCGUCUGCUUACAUACGCCAUCACUUGUUUCUGCUUCUUCUUCUUCGCCAUGUUUUUGAUCCAGAGAUUCAGUGCUCUUUCAGAAGAUGUCUUGCGCUUGAGAGAGAUGAUGAGGCGCUCCCUCCGCGCUGCAGGUUUGGGCCGGCACGAAUCCGGCCCUUCCUCCAGUGACCACCAAGACCCCGUUUCACCCCCUAUUGCUCCUCCCAGCUGGGUACCAGACCCUCCACCGAUGGAUCCUGACGGGGACAUUGAUUUCAUCUUGGCCCCUGCAGUGGGCUCCCUUACCACUGCCUCCACAGGCACCAGCCAGGGUCCCAGCACUUCCACCAUCCCAGGUACGUGA